AUGCAGCAGCAGAACGUUCAGAUCAGGACGGAGCUCGCUCGGCAGGUCCAGGCGCAGGGAGAUCUACCACGGUUGGCCGAGCAGCUCGGCGACGCUGUGCAGAAGCUGUCUGACGAACGCAAGGAUAAGUCGUCUGCGCCGGCCUUUUCCCUUGUAGACACCAAGGGGUUGGGCAAGCCCUCCAUCUUCAAGAAUGAGGAAGCCAAGUUCCUGGAGUGGUCCCGCAAGACCAAUGCGUACCUGACGGCAGUCUUCGGAGAGCAGUUCCGCAAGCUGCUAGAGUGGGUGGAGGAUCAGGCGCGGGAGACCACGGUGAUCAGCAUGGAGGUUCUGGAGGCGCGGUUCGGCAGCGACGACGAUGACGAAGAUGAGUUCAUUCCGGACCUCCGCGAGAAGGUCAGCCAGCUGUACGUCGCCCUCCAGACGCUGACAGAGGGUGAGAGCUUUGCCCUGGUGAUGAACACUCCCAAGGGUAACGGCGCUGAGGCGAUGAGGAAGCUCAUCCGGCGCUGGGACCCAGCUUCAGGGGGUAAGCGCCGCGUUCUCUUGAAGCAGAUCAUGAACCCGCAGCGGUGCACCCUCAGUGACCUGUAUGCGAAGCUCGAGGAAUGGGAGGAGCUCAUCCGCCGUUACGAGAGGAAGAAGGCAGAUGGCCUGGGCAAGGUGGUUGACGACGACGUGAAGGUUGCAGCCCUGGAGACCAUGGUGCCAGAAGAGCUCGAACUCCACCUCGCGAUGAACAAGCAUCGGUUAGACACGUCGGAGAAGGUCGUAGAGGAGAUCAGGAGCUUCCUGGAGUCGAGACAGUCGCAAGGUGCCCUACUCCGACGGAAGCGAGGUGACCCAAUGGACGUUGACUCGCUGUACAAAGGAGGCAAGGGCAAGUCCAAAGGCAAUGGUGACAAGAACGGCAAGAAGGGCCAGACUCCCAAGCCGCGUGACAAGCGGACGGUGCAGUGCUGGCGUUGCGGUGGCUGGGGCCACACGUCGAAUGAGUGCACAGUCCGCCUGCCUGGCGGGAAGACCGGCGACGGCAAGGGCAGCAAAGGCAAAGGCAAGGGCAAGGACGCAGACAAGGACAAGUCCAAGGGCAAGAACCGCCGCUGGGACACCAACUCCUUCGAGCCCGGUGCCGCGUCAAGCUCGAGCCAGCCGGUGUACGGAGACAACUGGGUCGACGGCAACAACAGCACGAUCACCAGCCUUCCGCCCUCAGCGAGCCAGGUGGGUUCCACGAACCUUGGCUCCUUCGAGCUGUGCACGUUCGAGCUCAACAGCUUCGACGAGACCGUCGACGACCAGGAGUGGAUCAGGUUCACGUUCGACUCGGGAGCGGCCGUGACCACCUUCCCUGAGAACACCAAGGGCGAGCGGCUCCCGGCCGAUCCGAAUGCGAGCUAUCGGACGGCCAGCGGUGAGAUCAUAGCCGACUCGGGCGGGGUAUGCAUCCAAGGGCGAUCCGAGUGGAGCGAGCCGAUCAGACUGAAGGCGCGCUUGGCCAGCAUCCACAAGCCGCUGGUCUCGGCCUCGCAGACUCACCGCACGGGUCGGGCCACCUGGCUGACGAAGGAGGGUGGCUACAUCCUCCCGGCCGGCUCGGACAUCGUGAACCGCGUCGACGCUCUCAUCCGUGAUGCUGCGUGGAGUGAGUCGGGCGUGGUGCCUCUGUACGUUGGGAAGGGCAUCUACGCAGGCUACAUCAAGAAGAACGAGGGAGGCCACGUCAGGAGAGUCUCGUUCGGCGACCACCGCGAGAGCUGGGACUUGUGCCCGGUCGACGGCGGGCCGGGAGGAGGCGGCGCUGUUGCUGGGGGCCCGGGCCCAGCGCCGCUCACUGACUUAGACGCGGGCCAGGAGGAGGAGCAGCAGGCGCCGGAGGUGGCACCCGCUCGAGUCGCGCGCCGUGGCAGGGCGCCGACGCAGGCAGAGCGGGAGCAGCACUUGGCAUCCGGACACGCGGUCUACCGCUCGUGGUGCGAGGAGUGCGUGCGGGCAGCCGGCCUGGGCGCCCCGCACGCCAGGCGACCUGAGGAUCGUGAUGACGCCGGCCCGGUCGUCAGCAUGGACUUCGCCUUCAUCGGGGAGAAGGUCCAGGACGUGGAGGACGACGGCUCCAUCCCCAUCUUAGUGGUGACGGACCGCAAGUACGGCAUGGAGGGGGCGACCGCCGUCAAGGACAAGACCGCGUCCGACUUCGUGGUCAAGUGGCUCGUGGGCUUCUUGAAGCACCUCGGGCACCGCCGUGUCGUGCUCAAGUCCGACGGCGAGGCGAGCAUCUGUGCGAUCAAGAAUGCAGCGAUGGUUGGUGUGGGCCAGCAUGUCGAGUGCAUCCCGCAGGAGUCGCCCAAGGGCGAGCACAAGAGCAACGGCGAGGUCGAAGCCAGCGUGAAGGAGGUGAAGAAGGUCAUCCGAGCGAACUUCUUCUCCAUGCAGAAGUCCUUCGGCUUCGAGAUCUCGCCCGGGCAUCCCAUCGUCAGGUGGCUGCCCCAGUUUGCCGCGGACUCCAUCUCCAAGUUCAGGCUCGGCGUUGACGGCAUGUCGGCCGAGCAGCGGAGGUGUGGCCGCCCCUGGAGGAAGUUCGCGGCGGAGUUCGGCGAGAGGGUGCACUAUCGACCUCUCGGAGUCGGAGACGAGAGGAGCACGCUGGCCCCCAAGAUGCUCAUGGGGCACUUCGUGGGCUACCACUCGCGGACAGGCGCGCUGCUCGUCAUGACGCAGUCGGGUGUGGUGCGGGCCCAGGGCUUCAAGCGCCUACAUCGAGCCCAGGCAUGGUCGCCGGAGGCACCAGGGUCGUGGGGCAGGCUUGCUGGACUGCCGUGGGAGGUUUCCCCCGCGGUGUUGCUCGCGCAGCCCGUGGGCCCGAUCACCGCGACCAGAGACACGCAGGAGGACCACGACACCGUGGUCAGGAGGCGCUACGUACUCAAGAAGGACAUCGAACGCUUCGGAGCUACUCCGGGGUGUCCAGGCUGCGCAGACCUCAUGGCAAGGGGGUCGGCGCGGGUCGCGCACUCCCAAGAGUGCCGCGAUCGCAUCGAGGCCGAGCUGAUGAAGGACUCGGCAGGCCAGCGGAGACUGGCGGAGCACCACCUGAGGGCGAGUGCUCGCGAGGCUCAGGCGGAGGAGAGCGCGGCGCAGCCGGCGCCCCAGCCUGGAGCAGCCGCAGCCAGCGGCGGAGGAGCCGCCGCGGCCAGCGGCGGGGGAGGCGCCGCGGCAGGACCCGGCGCGGACGUGGCCAUGGCAGGUCCACGUGCGGGCGCCCCGGCGACGCCACCGGCAGCAUCGAGGAAGCGUGCUGCGAGCGCGUCCGCCGAGGAGCGCCGCCCGCCGCAGUUGCGAGACGGGCCAAGGGGGCUCAAGAGAGCCGGGAGCGAGCCGGACCUCCACGGGCAGAUGAUCGUGGACGGAGGCUCGAGCUCGUCGGCUGGACCGGCGAGCGCGGCAGUGUCCGCCGGGCUGGUGCAGCCCGCGCCUAGCCCAGAGGGGGCUAGAGGAGGUGGCGACAUGGAGGACUUGGCAGGGCCAGCUGCACGGGCUGGCAGCUCCAUGGACGUCGGCGCCUUUGACGAGGUCAAGGGCAAGAUCUACAGGGAGAUCCUGGCGCUGGUGAGCGCCACGGACCUGAUCGGCGACAACGCCAUGUCGAUCAAGGAGCUGAAGGAGGUGUCCGCGCUGUUGACCGAGAUCAACGGGGUCGACCUCGCAGAGGUCUACUCGCCCGAGCGCUUCAAGGGGAAGGCGCUCGGCAUGGGCCUGACGGCAGGCCUCGCGGCGGACCUCUACACCGGCUGGGACUUGCUUCGAGAGGACCACCGCCGAGCAGUCAUGAAGAAGCUGCUGGAGGAUGACCCUCUCCUCACCGUGACCUCUCCGCCGUGCACGGUCUUCUCCAAGCUCAGGCAGCUCAGCAACUUCAAGCGGGACGAGGGCAUCGUGGCUUCCGAGGUCCUCGAGGGCGAGACACACCUGGAGUUCUCCAUGAAGGUGUGCGAGAGCAGGCAUCAGCGAGGAGCACUUUUCCUGCAUGAGCACCCCUGGGGCGCAUCCUCCUGGUCGCGGCCGUGCGUCCAGAGGGUCAAGGAGUUGCCGGGCGUGCGCUUGGUGCGCGGCCCGAUGUGCCGCUGGGGCCUCCACGCUCGGGGGCCCGAUGGGCGCGAGGCAUUCGUGCGCAAGGAGACGGGCUGGCUGACGAACUCGCAGGUCUUGGCCGACAUCCUUGCUGGGGAGUGCCGCUGCCAGUCCAUCGGCGGCGAACCCUACCGGCACGUGCACUUGCUCGGUGACAGGAGGGCUCGAAAGGCGCAGGUGUACCCACCCCGCCUGGUCAGAGCCAUCCUUCGCGGCCUCAGGGAGGAACUUCGAGCUCGAGAAUCGCUGUCUGACCUGGCGGGCUUCACCGCCGGGCCCUCGCCUCACGCCGAGGAUAUGGACCAGGAGGCGGAGGCGUUCGUGGACGACGUCCGCGGGGGCUUCCUCGACCCGCUGAAGGUGAAGGAGGCCAGGGCUGAGGAGCUGGAGUGGCGCCGUAGCCGCGGAGUGUGGAAGAAGGUUCCACGCCGCGAGAUGGAGGCGGAAGGAGGUCGUGCCAUCGACACACGGUGGAUUGACACCAACAAGGGGGACCUCGAGCGACCGCUGUACCGCUCGAGGCUCGUGGCACGGGAGAUGAAGGUCCGCCGGCGCGCCGAGGGGCUGCUGCCGCCGCAGCAGGACCUCUUCUCGGGGACGCCACCGCUGGAGGCGUUCAAGGCGCUGGUCAGCCUCUUCCUCAGCAGGGCGUUCGAGCAGUUCCAGAGCUCGGAGCCCCGAGAGGUGCUGUACAAGUUCUACGACGUGUCGCGUGCCCACUUCUACGGGCACGUGCAGAGGCGCCUCUGGGUGGAGCUUCCGCCCGAGGAGCGUCAGGGCGAGGAGGAGCCACUCGUCGGACUUCUCCUUCGCACGAUGUACGGCACGAUGGAUGCGAGCCAGGUCUGGCAGGGUGACUACGUCGAGCUGCUCAAGUCCGUCGAGUUCCUGCAGGGGAAGUCGAGCCCCGCCAUCCUGUGGCACCCAGGGCGUGACAUCGCCCUCGAGGUGCAUGGUGACGACUUCGGCGUGCUGAUGUAUGCAGACGACGAGGCCUGGUUCGACGAGUUGUUGAAGAAGUAUGACUACAAGGUCACGGGCCGCCUCUCCUCGGCGGCCGAAGGGGUCCAGAGCACGGUCUACCUGAACCGCGUGCUCAUCUGGGAUCCCGCCGCAGGUGAAGCACGCAUCGAGUCUGACGUCCGCCACGUUGACAUGAUCCUUCGAGACCUGCACCUGUGCGACGCCAAGCCGGUGCAGACGCCUGCGGUCAAGAAGAGUGUGACCGAGAUGAUAGAAGCCUCGCAGUCCCAGACGCUCGAUGACGCACAGUCCAAGCUCUACCGCUCGCUGGUCAUGCGUGCGAGCUACAUCGGGCAGGACAGGCCGGACCUCAGCUACAUAGCGUCUGCUCUGGCCAAGUCGAUGAAGACGCCACGCGAGUCGGACAUGAUGGACCUGAAGCGCCUGGGGCGAUACCUCAAGCAGGCCAGGGCCGGCUCGCUGGUGUUCAAGCUGCAGGAGGCCCCCACGCGCAUCGAGAUCUUUGUAGACGCUGACUGGGCUGGCGAGGCUACCACCAGGAAAUCACGCAGUGGCAUGAUGCUCAUGCUCGGCUCCCAUCUUGUGAAGCACGCUUCCACUCAGCAGACCACGGUCGCGCUGUCUUCGGGGGAGUCCGAGUACUAUGCGAUGCUGAAGGGUGCGAGCCACGCUCUGGGGCUUCAGUCGAUGCUCCAAGACUUCGGCGUGCAGCAUCUAGAGAGGCCACUACUGCGCAGCGACAGCGUGGCGGCCGAGGGCAUCGCCACGCGGCAGGGCCUUGGCGCUGUCCGCCACAUCGACACGAGAUUCUUGUGGCUGCAGGACCAGGUCAAGGCAGGCAAAGUGGAGAUCAAGCAUGUGCCGGGGCUCCAGAACCCGGCCGAUGCGUUCGCAAAGGCUCUGGACCAGACACAUCUGAGACGGCAUUUUGAGGCUAUGGGCUUUAAGGUGCGCGACGAGGGCAGCCGGCUCCAUCGCACUCUCUAG